AUGCCGCGAAAAUUGACAAAUCCUUUCUCGUCGUCAAAUAUGUCUCAUUCCGAGCGGUCUGCCGAGCGCCGGCCGUCUCGGUCCGGAGGCAACCGGCUCGCUGGCCUAUUCUCCAAGUCCAAGGACCAGGGCAAGGAGUCCAAAGACCACAUCCCGUAUCAGCAACAGUCACCUUCUCCCUCCAUGACAGCAUCAUCCGCUUCUCUCCCCACAAUUUCCCUUUCAUCCGCCGAUUCGAACAAUCUCCAUGCCGACGAGUCCCAGACCACCCUCUUCGACGCUUCGACCGCCGAGGAGGCCAGGAAAAAGGAGCGCAUGGAUGCUCAGUUUGGCCCCUUGCUUAGCAAGGACCAUCUCUACGUCAGCGCACACAAGGGCGGCCCGCUCCCAGCCCCGAUCGAGGACGAGCCUCCGUACUUCUAUGUCCUGACCACUUACAUCAGCUACCUGAUCUUAAUUUUCAUUGGCCAUGCCAAGGACUUUUUCGGCAAGCGGUUCGGCAAGAGGGACAACUACCGGACGAUCAAGGCCUCGAAUGGCUAUGCCCCGCUCAACGACGACUUCGACAGCUUCUACACUCGCCGUCUGAAGAAGCGUCUCGAUGACUGCUUCGCCAGGCCCAUCACCGGCGUUCCCGGUCGCUACAUCACCCUCAUUGAUCGCGUCUCCGACGACUAUAACCGUUCCUUCCGCUUCACUGGCACGUACACCGAGACCCUGAAUCUGAGCUCGUACAACUACCUGGGUUUCGCCCAGUCCGAGGGUCCUUGUGCCGAUGCUGUCGAGGAUUGCGUGCGCAAAUACGGCCUGAGCGCCUGCAGCCCUCGCUUCGAUUCGGGUACGUUGGAUCUUGCGCUCGAGGUUGAGCGCGAGGUGGCGCGCUUCGUUGGCAAGCCGGCUGCUAUGGUCUUCCCUAUGGGCUUCGUCACGAAUGCUGGUACCUUCCCGGCUUUGGUAUCCAAGGGCUGCCUCAUCCUGUCGGACGAGCUUAAUCAUGCCUCGAUUCGUAUCGGUGCUCGUCUCUCCGGCGCCGUCAUUCGCUCGUUCAAGCACAACAACAUGGCUGAUCUGGAGGCCAAGCUGCGUGAGGCCAUCUCUCAGGGCCAGCCCCGCACUCAUCGCCCUUGGAAAAAGAUCCUGGUUGUUGUUGAGGGUCUCUACUCGAUGGAGGGUACCAUGGUCGAUCUUCCUGGCAUUCUGGCUCUCAAGCGCAAGUACAAGUUCUACCUCUACAUCGACGAGGCGCACAGCAUUGGUGCUCUGGGUCCCAGGGGCCGCGGUGUCUGCGACUAUUUCGGCAUUGACCCCUCUGAGGUUGACAUUCUCAUGGGCACUCUCACCAAGGCUUUUGGCGCCAACGGUGGCUACAUCGCGGCUGACAAGCACAUCAUCGAUACCCUUAAAAUGACCAACGCUGCCAACCUUCUCGGUGAAUCUCCCGCUCCCUCUGUCCUGAUGCAAAUUCUCAGCGCCCUCCGUGUCAUCACUGGUGAGCUCGCCCCUGGUCAGGGAGAGGAGCGCUUGCAGCGCAUUGCCUUCAAUUCUCGCUAUCUCCGCCUCGGUCUUAAGCGUCUAGGUCUCAUCGUGUACGGCCACGACGACUCUCCCAUCAUUCCCAUUAUGCUCUAUAACCCCGGCAAGAUGUCAGCCUUCAGCCACGAAAUGCUCAAGCGCAAGAUUUCGGUUGUCAUUGUCGGCUACCCCGCCACGCCUCUCAUCAGCUCACGCGUCCGUUUCUGCGUGUCGGCUGCUCACAACAAGGAAGAUCUGGACCGCAUCCUGAAGGCGUGCGACGAGAUCGGCGACAUCUUGCAGCUCAAGUUCUCGACGGGUAUUGCCGGUGGUCAGGAGCCACUUCCUCCGGGUGUUACACCCGAGAACGAGAAGGAGUGGCGCAAGGCCAACGGUCUAGAGGGCGUCAUCAAGCCGCCGAGGUGGAAGCUGGAGGACGUCAUCGCUCGCGGUGUCGAAGAUGCCAAGCAGCCACUGAGGUGA